UCUACAAACGAAAAUCGAAAGUUCCACGCACAAUUUGCCAAUUUCCAAAAUCUCCAACACCCAAAUACGACAAGGUUCACGAAUUGCGAACAAAACGGCGGAUAAUAACACAGGUCUGGCACAAAAUUGGUGCUUUUCCCCAAAAUUAAGAGCGGCCUCUAUCCGGCCACAGCCUUACUAAGACAUGAAGGACCUUAACCUAAAAACGCCGUCAGUAACGUGAUUAAUUCUAACAAUUCUAAGCAACUAUUUAGGCCUCUAGACAGGCAGAAUGUCGAACGAAGGUACAGAAAACAGGGAGGAAAUACCUGAGCCUGUAAACAAGAGUUUGAUGAUUUUUGGGCGCGACGUUUCAAAAAUUCCUUGUUUUCGGAACAGCAUCCUGUAUGGGAUUUACGGAGGACUUGGGAUGGGUUUAGCCCAUUUCAUGUUCAGGAGCCACCCUUUGGGUGCGUGCAAUUUCGCGGUGUACAGCUUUUCCGGUGUUACGUUAAUAUACUGGAUCCAGUGCCGGUACAAAUAUUCACAGAUGAAGUUUCAAAUGCUCCAAAUGCAAGAAUUGCUACGGAGACAGGCUAUUUAUGAGGGUACUGAAGUGGAGAAAGAACUGGAGGAGAGCGAAAAACCGAAAGUUACUUGAAACAUUAGCUUAAAUCCCAAUUAGUGUAAUAAAUCUAGCCCCAAUAAAUUGUUUUAUACGUU